AUGUUUUUACAGAAACUUACCAACUUCUCCUCUCUUCUUUGGUUUCAAUUACUGCUGAUCUUGCUGAGCAUUGCUUCAGUGAAUGGAGUUGAGCAAAAGAACUUUUACAUUGUUUUCUUGGGAGCUCAUCCUGUGAGGAGAGAUAUUGCAUCUGAAACCCAUUUAAAUGUUCUAUCUGCUGUGAAGGGAAGCUACCUUGAUGCCAAAGAAUCCAUGGUAUAUAGCUACUCAAAGAGCUUCAAUGCAUUUGCUGCAAAACUGUCUGAGGAUGAAGCCAACAAGUUAUCUGCCAUGGAUGAAGUGCUCUUGGUAUUUCAAAAUCAGUACCGCAAGCUACACACAACAAGAUCAUGGAACUUCAUUGGAUUACCUCUGACUGCUAAGAGAAGAUUGAAAUUAGAAAGUGACAUAGUUGUUGCUCUUUUGGAUACAGGGAUCACGCCUGAGUCUAAAAGCUUCAAGGAUGAUGGGUUUGGUCCACCACCAGCAAAAUGGAAAGGAGAUUGUGGCAACUAUGCUAAUUUUUCAGGAUGCAAUAACAAGAUCAUAGGAGCCAAAUACUUCAAGGGUGAUGGAAUCCCUGAUCCAACUGACAUAUUAUCUCCCAUAGAUAUUGAUGGCCAUGGCACUCAUACUGCAUCAACACUUGCAGGGAAUGAAGUCCCAAAUGCAAGUCUCUUUGGGUUGGCCAAUGGCACUGUUCGCGGUGCUGUGCCAUCAGCUAGGUUGGCUAUUUAUAAAGUCUGCUGGUCACUCAGUACAUGUGCAGACAUGGACAUACUUGCUGCAUUUGAUGCUGCUAUACAUGAUGGUGUGGAUGUUAUAUCCAUUUCCAUAGGUGGAGGAAGUCCUAAUUAUGUUCAUGACUCUAUAUCAAUUGGUGCAUUUUUUGCCAUGAAGAAAGGUAUAAUCACGGUGGCCUCAGUUGGAAAUGAUGGCCCGGGUAUGGCAACUGCGACAAAUACUGCCCCAUGGAUUGUAACCGUAGCAGCUAGUGGCAUUGACAGGGCUUUCAAGAGCACUAUACAGUUGGGAAGUGGAAAGAAUGUUUCUGGAGUAGGAGUGAGUUGUUUCAAUCCAAAACGAGAACAGUACCCUCUUGUCAAUGGGAUUGAUGCUGCCAGGAACUCGAAAAGCAAGGAAGGCGCUAGAUUAUGCUACAUAGAGUCCUUAGAGCCAAAUAAAGUGAAGGGAAAGCUUGUUUACUGCAAAUUACGAAGAUGGGGAACUGAAGUUAUUGUGAAUGAACUUGGAGGCAUUGGUACUAUAAUGGAAAGUGAUCAAUAUUCUGAUGUUGCUAAAAUUUUCAUGGUUCCUGCUACCAUUGUGAAUAAUAGCAUUGGUGACAUUAUUACCAAUUAUAUCCAAUCCACAAGAUCACCAUCAGCAGUGAUAUACAAGAGCCAUGAAGUAAAAAUUCCAGCUCCAUUUGCUGCAACAUUCUCAUCUAGAGGCCCAAAUCCAGGAUCCCAACAUGUUCUCAAGCCUGAUGUUGCAGCUCCUGGCAUUGACAUCUUGGCAUCUUAUACUCUUAGGAAUUCAAUCACAGGUUUAAAAAGAGAUAACCAAUUUUCAGAAUUUACUCUAAUGUCUGGGACUUCCAUGGCAUGUCCUCAUGUUGCUGGAGUAGCAGCAUAUGUGAAGUCAUUUCAUCCAGAUUGGACUCCUGCUGCAAUCAGAUCUGCUAUUAUGACCACAGCCAAACCUAUGAGCAGGAGACUUAACAAUGAAGCAGAAUUUGCCUAUGGUUCUGGUCAAUUGAACCCAACAAAAGCUGUGAGUCCAGGUUUGGUCUAUGACAUGGAUGACUUUGCUUAUAUCCAGUUCUUAUGCCAUGAGGGUUACGAUGAUUCCAGUUUAUCAGUAUUUGUUGGUUCUCCUGUAAACUGCACCUCUUUGCUUCCUGGGCUUGGCUAUGAUGCUAUCAACUAUCCCAGCAUGCAACUUAAAUUGGAAAGCAACAAAAGCACAACAGUAGGAGUUUUUAGAAGAAGAGUGACCAAUGUAGGUCCUGCUCCAACCAUCUACAAUGCCACCAUUAGGUCACCAAAAGGAGUGGAAAUCACAGUGAAGCCCACUAGCCUAUUUUUCUCUCGAACCCUGCAGAAGAGGAGCUUCAAAGUAGUUGUGAAAGCCAAAUCUAUUGCAAGCAUGCAAAUUGUAUCAUGUUCUCUUAUUUGGAGAAGCCCACGUUACAUUGUCAGGAGCCCUAUUGUUAUCUACAGUCCAUAAGGUUACAUUUGGCAGUGACCUAAAUCAUGGCUUUGCAAUUGCCUUUGUAGUAUUUGUUUUGCAUAAUGUUGACAUUUUGUUUAUCAUAUGA